AUGGAUGGAGAAGGAGGAUCAUCCGGGCUGGUCAAAUCAGCCGCCGUUAAACUAUCCGAGAUGAGCGAAAGAACCAAGCAGUUAGGCACCGCGAUAAAGGAUCCUCACCAGCAAAGACGGAUCAUAUUAGUGAUUGUUUGCGUGGCUCUCUUGCUGGACAAUAUGCUCUACAUGGUAAUCGUGCCAAUUAUUCCAGACUAUCUUGUUGAGUUGGAGAGUCAGCAGGCAGAGCACGUCCAUGUAGUGAUGCACCCAAACUCUUCAGCCAACAGCACAAGCCAAGACAAAAGCAACAAGGACAAUUUAGAUGUUCAGAUAGGAGUACUUUUCGCAUCUAAAGCCAUCCUGCAGCUGCUAGUUAACCCACUGUCGGGAACUUUUAUAGACCGGGUUGGAUAUGACAUUCCACUUUUAAUUGGACUGUCUGUUAUGUUCGUUUCCACCUGCAUAUUUGCGGUUGGUGAGAACUACGCGACGCUCUUUGUGGCCAGAAGUUUGCAGGGUCUGGGGUCUGCUUUCGCGGACACCUCUGGAAUCGCGAUGAUAGCUGACAAAUACACGGAGGAAUCAGAGAGAAGCAGGGCGCUGGGCAUCGCUCUGGCGUUUAUCUCUUUCGGUAGUCUGGUUGCGCCUCCCUUCGGGGGCUUCCUGUACGAGUUUGCUGGCAAGAAAGUGCCCUUCAUCGUGCUCGCCUGCAUUUGCCUGGCGGACGGCGUUCUGGUGCUGACCGUGAUCAAGCCGUUCUCCAACAGGACUAGAGAAAACAUGCCAGUCGGCACACCCAUAUACAGACUCAUGGUUGACCCGUACAUAGCCGUGGUGGCCGGGGCGCUGACAGUGUGUAACAUCCCCCUGGCCUUUCUAGAGCCCACCAUAGCCAACUGGAUGGAGACCACCAUGCACUCCUCUCAGUGGGAAAUGGGGAUCACCUGGCUCCCAGCCUUCUUCCCUCAUGUCCUCGGUGUGUACAUAACUGUGAAACUAGCAGCAAAGCAUCCACAUUUGCAGUGGUUCUACGGAGCUUUGGGUAUGGUUAUAAUAGGGGCGAGCUCCUGCACAGUCCCUGCAUGUAAAACUUUUGGGCAGCUUAUCGCCCCGUUGUGCGGCAUUUGUUUUGGCAUUGCACUGGUAGACACUGCUCUGUUGCCGACACUUGCGUUUUUAGUUGACGUGCGUCAUACUUCAGUGUACGGUAGUGUUUACGCUAUAGCAGAUAUUUCCUAUUCUGUUGCAUAUGCUAUGGGUCCUAUAGUAGCCGGACAGAUAGUACACAAUCUCGGAUUUGUACAACUCAAUUUGGGUAUGGGCCUCGUCAAUGUGCUUUACGCACCAGCCCUGCUGCUGCUGCGCAACGUGUGCCAAAUGAAACCGUCCUACUCAGAGAGAGAUAACCUGUUAGAGGAGGCUCCGCAGGGGCUGUACGAUACUAUCAAGAUGGAGGAGAGAAGAGCUAAAAAGAAGGGCUACAGUUCGGCAGGGAAUUGCUUGUCAGUAGAUGAAAAUGGGUUUGACACCUUCAAAGCACAGCGGUCCUUGUCAGAAGAGUCGUCCGGUCCGGAGAACACUUAA